AUGACAACAUAUAGAUUACAUUAUUUUAAUAUUCAUGAUCGUGCAGAAGUAGUCCGUCUUAUCUUUGCUGCUGCUGAUCAACAAUUUGAUGAUAUUCGAUAUAAACGAAUCCAAUGGACACCAUACAAAGCUGAAAUGCCUCUAGGUCAAAUGCCAGUACUUGAAUAUAAUGGAAUGAAAUUACCACAAUCGAUAGCAAUUGCUCGAUUUCUUCCUAAACAAUUUCAACUAGCAGCUGAUGAUAAUUUGGAACAAGCAAAAGUAGAUACUGUUGCCGAUAAAAUAGCGGAGCUCAUAGUUAAAUACGGUCCAGUUCAUAAGAAACAAGUCGAAACAAAAAACCAAGCAGUUAUACAGAAGUUGUUAGCUGAAGAGUUACCUCAACAUCUCGCAAAUCUAGAAACUUUAGGUGAAAUAUACAGUGAUGGUGAUUACUUCUUUGUAGGCAAUCAUCUCACAUGGACUGAUUUAUUUCUAUAUGAUUUACUUGAGACUAUUUUUCAACAUGAUGAUCAUAUUCUUGCUAAAUUUCCAUGGUUGAAAAAUAAUCGUCAAGAAGUUGAAAAGCAAACGAAAAUUAUGACUUAUCUGAAGAACCGACCUCAAACAUCAGUUUAA